AUGGAUAAAAAUCCAAGUGAUAAUAACCAGAAUUCUGCAAAUUCAUCAGGUCAACUAUUCAAAAGUAAUGCCUAUGAAAAAGUCUCUUUAAUUCAAGGAGGGCAACCCAACCCGAUUGAAUCAAACUUGAGAGGAAUCUCUCGUCCUAUGGAAACUUCGAGUCAUCAAUAUUUACCGUAUACCAAUUAUCAGUCCAAUCAGGCAUUUGCUCUUCCUCCACAAGCUCCUACUCCCCAAUUAAGUAUGGACUCAAGUUAUACAUCUUCUCCGCAACAACACCAAUCGUUUGGUCAGUCACAUUUACAAGGUGUACCAUCACUGAAGGUCAGAAUGAGAGUAAGUAAAGCAUGCGAUAGGUGUCGGAAUCAAAAAAUCAAGUGUUCUGGUACUAUGCCAUGUAAUACUUGUGUUAAACAUAAAAAGGAAUGUCACUACUCAACGCAAAAUAGUGUACCAAAUAACAAUAUGGGGAACUACGAGAAUGCACCAUCUAAAAGAAUAAAAAUAGAAUCCCCCACUACAGAGAGUAAUCAUACCGCCCAGCCUAGUAGUAAUGUGUCCCAGAAUGCAAGUGAAACGAAUCACACUUACGUAACUUAUUUGGAGAAUAGAGUUCACUAUUUGGAAUCAAUACUUCUGAAGGAUUGUACUACUACAUUCAGACCGGUAGGUAACAAAGAUGUUGAGAAUAAUAAUACUGAAGUCAAGAAAAAGUUGAUCAUGUCAAGUGCCAAGUGGAGGUAUCUGCGUCGUCAUCAAGUAUUGCUCUCUAAUAAAUUAUGCCAAACUAUGUAUAAUAAUUUAUCCGAAGAAAAUAAGAAAAAGGUUAUAUUACCAAGGAAACAGUAUUUUGGAUGGAACAUGUCAGGAUGUCACUAUAUCACUAAUGAAAAACUUCCUGGUUUACCUGACUUCAAGUUACCUUUAGAUCCGGACGUAUAUUUUAAUUUCUUUUUCCGUGAAAUUAACUCUGUAUUUGCAAUUUUACAUGAAAACCUAUUUAGAGAUCAAGUAAAGGAUUAUGAGGAAUUAUUCAAAUCUGAAGUAAACUUAGACUCCACUGAAAGAGAUGCUAAAACAAACCAAACACGAUUAUUUCUGGCCAUAUUAUACCUUGUAUACGCAUUAGCUAUAAGAUUUCAGGAAUUUCAGAAAAAAGACGGACCCAGCAUGGAAAUGCUAAAAUUAGAGGAGCAAUUAUUCAAAUACAGUUAUAAAGUGGUUUCCCUCUUGAGUUUUGAAUGGGAAUCAUUUGAAUUGAUACAGUCUUGGUUGCUAAUAACAUUGUAUUUACGGAUAUCACAUAGACAAACUUCAUCCUAUCUGGCUUUAGGGCGUGCAAUUACAAUGACACGGUCAAUGGGCUUAGGAAAAGAUAAUCCAAAACUGUUGACGGCGAAGCCAUACAUACGCUUAAAGGUUAAGAGAAUAUUCUGGUGUGUUUAUACUAUGGAUCGAUUAUUUGGAUUGCUGUCAGGAAGAUAUGGUAGUUUAAAUGAUACUGAUAAUAUAUCACCCACUGAAAGUUUUGAUUUUGAAUCAGAAAAAGACUCUUGGUUAACUGUCCCAGCGUUUACAUUACUACAUGUCGCAAGAAUCUCUAACUUUGUUCAUACUUCCGUAUCAGAUGAAUUUGGUUUAGUCAAAUUGCAACAAAUUAAUGCUGAAUUGAAUCGUUUGAAUUCUUGGUUCGAUGAAAAUGGGUUUGGCAAUAAAUCAUUAUUUGACGAUACGACGCAAAUUCUGCCAUUAGUCAAAGCACAGGUGAAGUUACAUUACUAUGAUUUAAUUAAUUGCGUACACGGAAAGCUUUUAUUCAAUUACAUUGGAACCAAAAUUUCGAACCAGGGUUUGAAGAUAGACAUGGUCCUCGAUUCUUGUCAAAGCAUUAUUGACAUACUCGAUCAAGUUAAUAAUGCAGAGUUGCUAUAUACACCAUGGUAUCAAUUUUUAUCAUUAUUGUUUGAUACCGGUAUAAACGCAAUUACGUUGAUCAAUGGUGGAAUUAAUAGCCUGGUAUGUAAGCAAGUUUUGCAAAAUUCAAUAAGGCUAAUAACUGUUUUAAGCGAAGCAUCAGUGAAAAAUAGAGAAGGAGAAGUAGUUAUCGAGAGUCGAUACACCAUGGCAAAAGAAUGCUUGUGGGCGAUCAAAAUGGCAAAUCGUAUUCUAUCGUUGAGAUUAGAGCAAGAUAUGAAGGAUAUCACUAGUUACGGAAUUGACCCUGGUUCUGCGGAAGUGAACAAGCAAACAUUUAAUCAAUUUGGCCUUAACAAACAGGGUGCUGCGCCGGAAGAAAAUUCGUGGCAACAAUCGGACAAGAAAACAAAGAGACUGAUAUCAAUUACAGACAGAGAAAAUUUGCCUGGCAACCUACAAGCGGUUACAAAUGUUACAACUGAUUCCGCAACUGCUCCCAACUUGGAUGAUCCUCUUAAUUAUGUUGAAAAUUCUAUCGAUUCACAGCUUAGUAACUUGCAAUGGUUUGAUCAAUGGUUAGAUUAUAAUUAUGAUAUAUAA